AUGUAUAUCCCAAAGCUGACAAGCGUCGAUGACUUCGAUAAGCAGGCUAGAACCAUCAAAGAUCAUCCCUUGGGUAUUCUUUUCAGUUACUCGGCUCCUAAAAUAGCACUUACAGACUUUCUUUUGGGUGAUAAAAUUGACAAGCCGGUUGACAGCGAGAUGUGCGCCACGCAUGUGCCAUUUUUCCUACAAAAGUCACAAGAUGGCAGCUGUCGACUCGUUGCCCAUUUGGCUGGUAAAAAUCAGCAAAUUAAGUUGCUUAAAGAGAACCCCAGUUGUAUGGUUGUGUUCCAAGGCCCGAACUCCUAUGUCACUCCCGCUUGGUACCCAGAAAAAGAGGAAACGCAUAAAUUUGUGCCAACUUGGGAUUAUUCAUGUGUUCACGUUUAUGGAAAAGCCAAGAUUAUAGAAGAAAAAGAGUGGUUGCUGAAAAUGCUGGACAGCUUAACGGAUCAAGAAGAAAAUAAAAGGCCCGACAGAGAUGAAUUUGAGAGUAAGUGGAAGGUGGAGCAGACAAAUCAGAAGUACUUGGACUCUUUGAUCAAAGGAAUUGUCGGCUUAGAAAUUGAGGUAUCUCACAUUCAAUCAAAACUCAAAGUUCAUCAGAAUCAGAACCCUAAAAAUGUCAACGGCGUUCUAAGGGGAUAUGAAAUGGAGAUGGGUGACGAUACAGCAAAACAAAUGUGCAAACUUGUAAGAGAAAAUUAUCCCAGAGAGUUAUAG